AAAAUGAGAUUUGAAUGUUUGGCUUUAGCUGUUCACUCUGUUUCUAAAAUAAAAAUUAUGUUGUUUAUUUUUUAUGUUUAAAUGUUGUUUUUAUGAAAAUCGACCAUAAAAUUACUACCAGAGCUGUAUAGCAUUUAAAAAUAUGUCAUAUUUCAAAGAUCUAAAUCCAUACCAAGUGCAUCAAAAGUUGAUAAACGAGUAUAUUUUGAAAAGACCUGGCGAUUUGACCAAAUUGUACACAAGAGAUACAAGCAAAGACAAAACAGAUUUGGACGUGAUUCGUGAAAAUCAUCAAUUUCUAUGGAACGAUAAUGAUGUGGAUUCAUGGGAAAAACAAUUGGCCAAGAAAUAUUACGAUAAACUAUUCAAAGAAUAUUGCAUCGCAGAUUUGUCAAGGUACAAAGAAAAUAAGAUUGCAUUAAGAUGGCGCAUUGAACGUGAAGUAAUCGCCGGUAAGGGACAGUUCAGUUGUGGUAAUAAAAAAUGCGAAGAACGCUCUGCACUUCGGAGCUGGGAAGUUAAUUUUGCAUAUGUUGAGCAUGGUGACAAGAAAAACGCCCUCAUUAAAUUAAGAUUAUGUCCUGAUUGUUCCGAAAAAUUGAAUUACCAUUCAAAGAAACGAGAAGUGAAACGAGUGCAGAAACACAAGAAAUCACACAGGCACCGUGAUACAAAUACAAGAACUUCAGUUUCAUCUCUCGAUAUGGCCACUGCCAGCAAUAACGACAAUGAUAUACCCGAGUCACAAAACCAUGAUGGCACAACAACAGCGCCAGAAAGUAGUGCGGUUCAACAGCUAGAGCAAAUAUUUUGGUCGAAAUCAACAAACGACGAAGAGAAAUCUCGCGAAGAAGAAUUCGACGAUUAUUUGGCGAAUUUACUGUUGUAGAUGGAUGCUUCAACAAAAUUCAAAUAAAUACACAAAAUAAAAACCUCAAAAUCA